AUGGAACUUAGGAUUGCAUCGAAUCUCAAAAGACGUCCGCUCUCCCCACUCUCUGAAGCCAACGCUGACGAUGAGGAUGAGAAACGUAGCAGAAUUUACUCGCCAUUGGUUCCAACGAAAGAUGCCACUAGACCAGCGCUUCGAAACUCUAAAACAUUCCAAGACAACAUCGCCACUAUCACCCUUUCGUCCGAUACCGAAUCGGCUUCUUCGAAGGAGAUUAGUUAUAACCAACUAGAUGAUAGCGAUACAGAGGAGAAACUGAAGACGAUGGCAGCUAGAAGAGAUACAACUCGUACUAGCUCUCUCAGCAGUACCACUAGCUCAUCUACCCGAACUGCAAAGAGUGGAGGGCUGGAUCUGAUGGCUGAGAAUAAUUGCUUGGAAGCACAUGCGAUGUUCUCUGAUACUCAAUUCUCUGUGCUCUGUGAUCCUGAUCCAACAAUGAAUUUGACUCAUGAUCGCCCAAAGAAGACAUCUGGAGGAUUGAAUAUGGUUUUCGAUGAGCUCGCGCCGGUUGAAGAGCCGAAAGAGGAGCCUGCCGAAGAUAAAACGGUUUCAAAGAUCAAGAAGGAGCUAGAAGACACUCGUUUAUCAGGAAAAUCGCUCAGGACUCCGCUAACAUUUGGAGACGAAGAUGAUAUGUUCGACGAUGAGCUGAUCCAUGGACACGGCUUCGGAAAGAUUAAACAUGGCUCAAUCGUCACAUCAACACCAGCUGCCGGAGAUGCGUUUGUGGAUAUCGAGUCGUACUUUGGAAACAAGUCGGAGGCUGAUCCUGCCAUCGUCGCUGACGAAGCAGAAACAACUGGAAUUCUCAACCGCCGUCGUAGUGAGAUCAUCAGAAAGGGAGAUAUGAAUCCGUGGGAUGAAACACUCCGUAGAAGAUUGAUGGCAACAGUCCGUGCGCCAAUCAACAUGCACGAAUUCCAGGAGAGAGCACCGAAGAUCCAGGCGAACAGGGAUUGUGAAGUUGGAGGAGAAGUGUUCCAUAUCCAAACGCUGAUUGGGCAGGGAGGAUACGCCAAAGUGUACAAGGCUGUGAACGAGGAGAAUAAAGUGGUGGCUGUGAAGUAUGAGGUUCCGUCGUGCUCCUGGGAAGUGUACAUUUGCGAUCAAAUGCGCAAUCGGUUGAUCAAGGAUCGCGAGGAUCGAGUGAAGAUGGCUGAUUGGUGUAUUAUGAAAUAUGGAACACUUCUGGAGUACGCCAACAGUAUGAUGGACCCGAACUGGCACAUCUCCUGCUUCUUGCUCCCCCAAAUGCCUCGUAUCUUGAAGGAGGUCCAUGCUUGUAGUAUCAUUCAUGGAGACAUCAAACCAGAUAACUUCAUGAUUACUAGAAAGAUUGAUCCUAACUGGGACAAGGACGCUCUAAUGAGCAAUGAUACGUUUGUGGUGAAGAUUAUCGAUUGGGGACGUGCCAUCGAUAUGAUGCAGCUGAAGGAUCAGACAUUCAAGGGAAGAGCUGGAACUAAAGAUUCCGACUCGCCGGAAAUGAUUGACGGACGCCCAUGGAAUUAUCAGGCGGACUAUUUUGGCUUCGCCGCCACUAUGGCUGUUGUGGUUACCGCGAAGUACGGAAAAUUGACGGGCAGCAAAGUGGGAGAGUACUCGUUGAGCUGUGAUAUCAAGAGACGAAACGUUCUUCGUAACAUCAUCUUCGACAUUAUCAACAAGUUCCUCAACAUUAAAUCAGUCCACACACUCCCUGAUUGGUCUGAAGCCAUUCAACAGUUUUCCGAUUUCUGGGAAACGAAUUUUGACGGUUCUUCGUGGAGACAAGCGAUUGGCAAGUUCAACGAAGUCUGUGAUCUUGCUGCUACCAAUCACAAAUGA